AUGCGGGAAUCAGUAAAAGCCUUUAAAAAGAGAAAAUCAGGGCACAAGAAAGGCAGCAACGCGAAGAAGAAACAAAGACAGUUUCUGGAUAUGAAAGCAAAAGUGAAAAAAAUAGACCCCAGAUUGAAGAAAUUACUUAAAAAGAAGGCACGUGAUUACAAUUCAGAUGAUGACAAUGAGGACGAGACUGCUCACGCGAGUGAAGAUGAUAACGCAGAUUCUAUGAAUGAUGAUGUAAGUAGUGAUGAUGAUGGAAAGGAGAAAAAGAAUUUGGGGAUCGAGAUUGAAGGGUCUGAAAAUGAAGAUGAGGAAGAUUAUGACAUGCAGCCUGGAAUUACCAGGUUUAGUGAGGGUUCUAGGGCAUUUAGGAUUGCUUUCAAGAGUAUUAUAAAGAAGGCUAUAUCUGAUGAUUCACUGGGACCGGUUCUAUCGGGUCACAAGAAGCUUGUAGCAGAAAAGCUUGCUGAGGAGGAAACAGAAAGGAAAGUGAAGGGAGAGUCUAAGAAGGAGAAACAUUUGGUGAGAGAGAAGGGGCAUGUGAAACCUGCUAAUUAUUUAGAUGCACAUGAAAAGUUUCUAUUAACUGUGGCUACUAAAGGAGUGGUCAAGUUAUUUAAUGCUGUUAACAAGGCACAAAAUGCGCAGAAAGGAUUGAAUCCUUCAAGGUCAAAAGAUGCUAAAGUGAUAAAAAAGCGACGGAAAGAAGCCUUCUUUUCAGAGUUGGGCAAGAAGCCAGUGGCUGACACUUCAACUAAGGUUCAUGCAUCUUCUGGUGAAGGGCCGUCUUGGGCUCCAUUACGCGAUAACUACAUGCUAACUAAUUCCAAGUUGAAGGACUGGGAUAAGAUACCGGCCAGACAUCAAAUCCUCUCAACUACAUAUAUAAAUCCUGUGAUAUAUACAUAUCAAAUGGAAGGAGGAAAGAAAGAUUACAACUGCAAGAUCUUUGGCAACCUAGCAACUGGGAGCUCAGAAACCCACCAUGCAGGGAAGCCACUUUAUAGAACUGACCCGAGCAACAGGUUAGAAGAUUAA